AAAUUAAUAAGUUAUUUUAUUUACAUUUGUUACGAAAAAUUUUUUAUUGAAGAUUUUUUAUUUGAAUUUAACAAUUGUUGAUGUUUCACAUCACUAAUGAAUUUAUAAAACGAAUAAAUAGAAAAAUAGAAAUUUUUCUACAGAACCGCGUGGUUGCUAUGGACAUUAUUUAUUAAUUUUUGUUUAUAAAAUAAAGUUAUAAUUGCAAGAUGACCAGUAUAGGUAAUGAUGGUGAUGCAGCACAAAUGCAAAUUCGCUUUGUUACAAAGCAAAUACAAUAUGCUGUGCCUGAUUAUCCACUUUCUGUUUCAACUAAUAUUGUUGCUAAUGAGUUGAACACAUUAGUCAAUGAAUUAUUAAAAGAAACAACACAAGAUGUACGAGAAGUUGAGUUUGAUUUUCUUGUAUGUUCUGAAUUCUUAAGAACAUCCCUAUUAGAGCACAUCAAUAUACGAGGUGUUUCAACUGAGAAUAUUAUCGAUGUAGAAUAUUUAGAAAAACAUCCACCACCAGAACCUAAAGACUGUUUGAUUCAUGAUGAUUGGGUAGCAGCAGUUUCUGUAUCUGAAAAAUGGAUUCUCACUGGUUGUUAUGACAAUACUGUACACAUUUGGACAUCUAAAGGGAAACAUAAAUUAACUAUUCCUGGCCACAGUGCUCCAAUAAAAUCUGUUGCUUGGAUAUCCAUGGAUUCUGAAACAGGCAUAUUUGUCAGUGCAUCACAGGAUCAAACAGCAAUCAUUUGGGACUGGAACAUUGCAAGAAACUCAGUGGAUUGUAUCCAUAUGUGUCGUGGCCACGAACAAGCACUAGAAUCUGUUGGUGUCAAUAAAGGAAGUGGAGUAAUGGCAACUGGUGCUUGGGAUACAAUGAUAAAAAUUUGGUCAACAGCAGCUGACGAUGAAAGUGAAGAUGGCGAGUCGAUGAGUAAAAAAAUGAAAACAGAUGGAGGAAAAACAAGGACGCCACUCAGAACUUUGAAAGGUCAUAAAGAAGCUGUAAGUGGAGUUGUUUGGUCAGAUAAAACAGAAAUAAUUACUUCUUCAUGGGAUCAUACUCUCAAAGUGUGGGAUUCUGAAUUAGGAGGAAUUAAACACGAAAUUCAUGGUCAUAAAAGCUUCUUUGAUGUUGAUUAUUCAGAUUUGUCACGUGCUGUAAUCACUGCUUCUGCUGACAGACACAUCAGACUCUACGAUCCGCGAUCAACAGAGGGAUCUGUUGUUAAGACAACGUUUACUUCUCAUACUCAGUGGGUUCAAACUGUACGUUGGUCAACGACAGACCAGAAUCUAUUUAUUUCCGGAGCUUGCGAUAAUUGUUUAAAACUUUGGGACACUAGAAGUUCGCGAGCACCAUUAUAUGAACUUUCUGGUCACGAAGACAAAGUACUUUCAUGUGACUGGUCCAAUCCAAAACUCAUGGUAUCAGGGGGAGCUGAUAAUACCGUCAGAAUAUUUAAAUCAAGUUAUCAAUAAUUUUGUUACAUGCUAUUUGUAAUUAAUUUGAAUAUAGAAAAAAACUUUAUAAUGUUAAAUCUUACUUUUGUCUAUUCACAAAAAAUUAUUUAAUUUCAAUUUUCUUUAGAUAAAAUAUAACAAAUCUAUGAAAUACUGAAUAAUCCAACAGCUGUGUUUAUUUGAAGGUGAAGAAAAUAUUUUUAUCAAGAAGAAAACUUGAAAAGUUACUCAAAUGGACAUAAAAUGUAGACUUUUUAAUGUAAAAAAAUGGAGAGUAAAGUAUAAAUAAAAAAUGAAAUCCUCAGAAAA